AUGAUUGUUCGCAUAAUAACGUUGAUUGUUCUGACCCUCCUAACGUGUUCAGCUGUGAUAGAUGGAGUUGAAGUGGAUAACACGCUGUGCGGUAUGUGCAGAGGUAACGAAGUCUGUCUGAAUAACUUGAUGACGAAGUUGCAUAUACCACUUUGUGUAGUAGACGGAAAAGCACGAUUCACAGCGAAGCGAACCGAACGUGGAGUCCUACGAAAAAUCCUCCUUAACAGUUACCUGAGAAAACUGCGGUGA